CAAGAAACAUCGAAUUCAACAUUUCUGGAAAACAACCUGCAGAAUUUAACAUGGAACAAUUCAAGAUGGUAUUUGGAGGCGAACGUUUCUCAUGGCUGCUCAUCUUUGUUAUUCUAGCUUCAAUGGAGAAGGGUGGACGCGCAAUAAGUGCUGUUGACAAGGCAAAUAUAGAAAAAGGCUUCACAGCUGGAACAGCAAUUCUCAACUAUAUUGCGGAGAAAGAAUUUAUAGAGGCUUUAACUGCAAUAGCCAAAGGUAUUGGUCCAUUCCUGGGUGCUUUCGGUCCGUUUCUUAGUUUUAUCCUCGCGUUUAUACCAGCCUCUGAUUCGGCUGUCCUGGCAUACCUAAAAGACAUGAUGGAAAACAUUGAUAACAGAUUCAAUCGACUGGACUCACGCUUCGAUGAAAUCCAACGCUUGAUUGAUUGGAAUAAGGUGGCGGUGAACUUUGGUCAAAUCGAACAAAAGAUCUUGGCAAUGGAUGUAGAACACAGACAUCUUUAUACCAGUGGGGCACCUCCGGCGAAUAGGAAACGCGUAUUCGUUACACACUUCGAAAGUGACUUUCAGCUUAGUGGGUUGAAAUUGUAUAACGCAAUCGUGUAUACACACGGUACAUUUCAGGAAAAUCUCGGAGAAUCGGUUAUGCGCUAA